UUGGAGCCACAGAUGAUGAUUGGUCAGAGGCCGGACUAUCUGGGAUUUAGGAAGGCUGUGGAAGUAAGUACUAUAAUCGACUAAUGCUGCCGUUUGCUUUUCAGACACUAUCUGAUUGGAAGUGUCACAUUCCCUAACCUGUGAGGCCUCAGGUGGUAGUUUGUGGCCGCAUAGACAAAGCUGCUCUCUGGAGAAGGUUGAAGAGACUAGAUUGGGGGUCAACCUGCUAUCUUAAUGGCGGAGCCCAACUUCCCCCCGCUGCCCGGAUUCAUUCCGCUCAGGCCGUGCUUCUACCAGGACUUUGACGAGAUUCCCGACCAACACCGCAGCCUGUGCAAGAAAAUGUACCACCUGUGGAUGUUAAACUCUGCGACCCUGGCUGUCAAUCUCAUCGGCUGCUUUGCGUGGAUGUUCGGAGGAGGAGGAGUGACCAACUUUGGCCUGUCCAUCAUUUGGCUGCUCAUGUUUACGCCUUGCUCCUACGUGUGCUGGUUCAGGCCCAUAUACAAGGCUUUCAAGAGUGAUAGCUCCUUCAACUACAUGCUGUUCUUCUUUGUGUUCAUGGCUCAAGUCGGCAUCAGCAUCAUUCAAAGCAUCGGUAUCCCGGGAUGGGGAGUCUGUGGCUGGUUGGCGACCAUCUCCUUCUUCAGCUAUAAUAUAUUGAUAGCUUUGGUCAUGUUGGUUCCGACCAUCAUGUUCACUGCUGUUGCAUCGCUGUCCUUCCUCGCCCUCACAAAGAUCCAUAAUUUCUACCGGGGGAGCGGGGGCAGCAUGUCCAAGGCGCAGGAGGAGUGGACCACGGGAGCCUGGAAGAACCCUCAUGUCCAGCAGGCCGCCCAGCAGGCUGCGAUCGGGGCAGCGGGCGGCGCCAUGCAGGAUCAGUACUCGGCCCCGCAGUACAACGACAACCAAAUGUAACCUUCGUAUACGUCGGGGAAAAGGCCAAAGUUUGAACGGCAGCCUCACUUGGAUAGCAAAGUCUGAAGGAAUGAAUGAUGCCGAUUUGCUUGCACUUCAAAGAAACAUCAGAAAAAUGCGUGUUUGCAAGCUGUUUCAUCAGGUGGCAAACAAAUCUCUCAUAUUGUUGAAUAUUUUAUAUUCUUUCAUAUACUAGUCAUUUUUUUCUCUUGUUCCUAAUGCAUUUUUUUUUAGUAUUUGACAGCGUUAAUGACGAACUGCGUUAUCACCAAAGACACUAGUAUUGUAAGUAUUUAAAUCAGGGGUCCCCAAACUACGGCCCGUGGGCCGGAUACGGUCCCCCAGCAUCCAAAAUCCGGCCCGCGGGAAGUCCCAAGUUAAAAAAAUAAAAAUAAAAAUAAAUAAAAAUAAAUAUAUACAUAUUUUUUUGUAUUAUUAUUUUUUUAAUUUGUCCUUACUAGUCCAUUUUCUACCGUCUCCUAGCCACUCAGGCAAAUCAUAUUGUCUAAAAAUGCAUUUUACCAUCGAUAACGUGACAU